UCCGCCCAUCACAGUACUGGCAGUGUGUGGCGCACGGCGCACACUUGGAGAUGUCUUGGCAAUAUUACGCACGACACGACGAAGGCGAAACCCCCCUUUAGACCAGCAGAACACUUGGAACCAGAGCCGGAUCAGAUGUAAACUUUUAUUUGUUGUUUUUAUUAUGGUGGUAUCUUGAUUUCCCAGCCUCCCGAAGACGCGUUUUCUGUGUUUUUCUACCCGCGGAUGAGACUCGCAUCUCCGCUUCUCAUCGAGGCAGCGGUCCGGAUGACUUCUCUUCUCUUCGGGUCACGGUGACUGGAGAGACCGAGAGAGAGAGAGGAAUGGAAACGAUGUAAAAGACAAAUAAAUAAACAAACAAACCACAAACAUUGGGGGAAACUCGAAAGCGCAACAGUUUUUUUUUUUUAAAGAGAAAGAGAGGAUGAUCCCACCGGCAAACAUGAUUCAGGACGAAAGUGGGGGCAAAGAGGACGAACGGGACCAGAAUGAAACACCAAAAUCCCCGACGGCGAACGCCAGCCAGCAAGAAACAAAGAAUACUGUGAGGCCUGAACAUCACAAGCGCAAGCUGCAGAGACUGAAGCGCUCCCUGUCCUUCAAGACCAAAAGCAUCCGCAGCAAGAGCGCCGACAACUUCUUCCGAACCAGCAACGAGAACAAGACGGAGUUACUCUCUGACGUCAGCAGCAGCACGGGCCAUCUCUGCAGCAUCGGGAUGGCCCCGCCCCACACCACCAACCUCCCCAUUCCUCCGGUUCCACCCGCUAUCCCCUGCGCUCCGCCCCCCACGUCACGCUCCCAGGCCCGAAACCCCCUACAGGUGGACUCAGCCGGACACUGCUUCAUGGAGCACAUCUUUAAGAAGCCCACAUUCUGCGAUGUGUGCAACCAUAUGAUCGUAGGUACUACAGCCAAACAUGUGGUGUUUCUGGCGGGGAACACAGCAAAACAUGGCCUGCGCUGCAAAGCCUGCAAGAUGAGCCUCCACCAUAAAUGUGAGAACGGAGUAGGACAACAGCGCUGCAUGGGCAAACUGCCAAAAGGCUUUCGGCGGUACUACAGCUCCCCAUUACUGAUCCAGGAACAGUAUGGCUGCAUCAAAGAAGUCAUGCCCAUCGCCUGCGGCAAUAAGGUGGACCCUGUGUACGAGGCACUGAGAUUUGGGACGUCGCUGGCACAAAAGGCCAAGAGGGCCAGUGGCUCUGAUUCUCCACAAAGAAACUCGACCAGUGAUUUGGAUAAAGUUCCAGAAGAAGUGGUGGCUCACAGCAGUAAGCAGGAGCUGUCACGAAAACACAGCGACGACGUUUUCACAGUUCUCGAGAAUGGGAUGGAGCACUACCCCCAGCCACAGAGAAAAACGGACGAUUCCCCGCUGGAGCAGAAAGACAUCUUGAAGCUCAACACCUUCGUGGCCUUGUACAGUUUCAGUCCCCAGGAGAGCCAUGACCUGGAGAUGAGAGCUGGAGAUAGAAUCUUAUUGGCUGAUGACUCCAACGAUGACUGGUGGAAGGGGGUCAUCGAGGACAGGAUUGGCUUUUUCCCAGCAGCCUUUGCUCAUCAGGUGCGGACUGGAGAUCAGGUGUUCAGGUGUAACAGGACGUUCAUCGGAUGCAAAGAGCAAGGCCAGAUCACACUUAAGGAGGGACAGAUUUGUGUGAGCAGUGAGGUGGAGCACAGCGGCUUCAUCAGAGUGGCCAGUGGAAAGAAGAGAGGAUUCGUCCCCUGUGAUGUUCUGGAAAUCAUCUGAGACUGAGACACUCAAACAGAGACAAAAGAGAACGAUGGGAGGAGUGGGAAGAUAACAACAGCCGCUUGAAGAUCAGAGCCAGAGAAAUACUGAACCUAUAAAACAGAUAAAAAACACCAGAACAAGGAGUUUGGCCUCAGAUGUAACUGGAGUUUGGACUGUUCCUUCUUUAGCCCAGAGGGACCGAAGCUGAGAUGACAGAAUGUUUCUUGUUUGUGAGGAGAUGGAAGAUCAAUGUGUCACUGGAUAUGAUUUAUUUUAUGAAACUGAUGUUUUUUUUUUCCCUUAGUUUUAUUCUGCUACAGUUUGUUUGCUUGUUGAAAGUGGAGAAGCUGGGCUUUCUGUUUAAUCCCAAUAAAAGGAAACUAUUUUUUUUUCCUCCUAUAAUUAUUUGUUUUUAAGGUUUCAGUGCAUACAGUUACAUUCCUCUGGCAAAUAGUUUAGUUUCUCAUGCUUUAACGCAAUCAAAUGUUAAGCUUAUAAUACAAAGUUGUUGAUUCUGAAAUAUUUGAUCACUUUUGAGUACCUGAACAAGUAAGAAGUGGGAAAAAAAAUACAAAUUUCUAUAUAUAAAGGGAAUUUUUUUGUGCAAACUCUAAUGUUCACUU